AUGGCUGCACUCGUCAAGGCUGCCAACGCCCUGCUUGGACUUGCUACCUCUGCGAGAAACGUGUCUGCCACCAACAGGACACUGGAUGCCCGCGAGCUCGAAGCCCGCCAGUUCCAGUUCGAACGCUACAACGAAACGCACGUUUCCCUCAUCAACGCCACGCCUUACCGCUGGCACAAAACCUACAACCACUCCUACCAGCUGAUGGAGUGGGAGAAGGGAUGGCCCGAGUACAUUGAGCCGGGGAAGGCCACCACGGUCUCCGUCAAGACUACCAAGCAUCUCGUCAGCGAUACCGCUGGCGAGGCGACAUAUCGUAUCGAAGGAACCAGCAAACCCAUGUCUCUGCAAGUUCAGUACCUCUCUGGGCGGCAACACACAGUUGCCGUUCAGUUCUUGGAGGACUUGGAGACAAUCUACAGCAAGAAGAACGCGACUUACAAUCUCGGAUUCUUGCCACGCGCGGGGGGCAGUGGCUUCAUUCUUGCCGGCAACGAGGGCGAGUUUAUUUCCAAUGACGGGCCCCCGACUUGGAUGCAGGCUCAGCUCAGCGAGAUUGGGCACCUGCCGCUGCGCGAAAUCGUCAUGCCUCGGUCUCACCACGCCGGGCAGUGGAAGAGCCAGGAGUACUUCGGCUGGGGGUCGGCUUCCAAUACCCAGACACAGACGCUCACUCUUUACGAACAGCUCGGCAGGGGCGGCGUCAGGGUCCUCGACGUCCGGCCGGGCCUCAAGAGGGGCAGGUUCUACGAGCAUCACGGUUCCAUGGUCGGCAACGCCUUCCACGGCAUGCUGGGCGCCACCCUCAAGGAGAUGGUGGACAUGCAGAACAAGUUCAUGGCGGACCACCCCGGCGAGAUGUACAUCUGGGACAUCCACGAGACGGACACGCGCGACGGCGACAGGAAGUUCAAGCCGCUCGACGACAAGGGCCGCCACAAGUUGUACGACGAGCUCCGGCGCCUCAACCACCGCGCGAACCUGCCCAACGUCACGGACAUCUCCAGGCGCCCUCUCAACCGGUUCAUCAGCGGCGCCGGCGGCGAGCAAGGCAAGUCGUGCGUGCUCGUGCGCGUGCCCACGUCGUGGGCCACGAUGAAGCACUUCCCGGGCAGCAAGGAGGGCUUCCUCACGGGCGCCAACCUGCCGCUCAAUUCGCGCUGGUCAGACACCAACGCGUUCCAGAAGCUCGUGAAGGACCAGGUCUCGGGGCUGCUAAGGGCCCGCCCCUCGCGCUCCUCGGAGCUGUACAACAUGGACUGGGUCAUCACGCAGCAGGGCCUGGGCGCCGCGAUUCCGCACAUAUCCAUCAUCGGCCUCGCGGGCGUCGCGUGGAGGACUCUGUACCAGCAGUUUUGGGACGCCCUCUCGGACCAGUCGUAUCCCAACUGGAUCACCAUGGAUGCCAUCCACGACAACUCGCUCAAGGCCAUGGCCAUGGCUAUGAAUAAGUGCCUUGGUGCGAGGAAGUGCGGCGCCCUGGGGGGCAAGAUUGUCGGCAUGAGGAAAACUACCUUGGAGUCUACGCCCGAAGGGACGUAUAACAACACCGAGACGGAGGCGCAGUCGCGCUGGGUGGGCAAGGGCAAGACGCCGAAUAGAAAUGGAUUUCAAGUAUGA